CUUUGAACUUAUUUUGGCUAACGCUACAUGAUAUCAAGUGGACUGUUAGGAUUUGCUCGCAUUAAUGUGUAUUUUCACGGGAAAACAGAAUUAACACAAAGCUAGUACAUACAACUUAUCAACAUGGUCCGGUUGGUUAUUUGGUAGGUUUUAGCUUUAGCGCCGUUAACUUUACCGGCUAGCCACCUGUUGAUUAGCGACCAUCUUUGUUUACAUGUAGCAUGCCAUCAUGCUACCUACUCGUUGACAGUCAUGUGUCAUUUAUUCUUAUAAUGUUAAAUACCGCUGUGGGCAAUUUUUUUCUCGACAAAGGACGAACCGAUCGCUUACCACAACCGGCUAUGUUGUUGAUUCUUGAGCUGGGUUGCAUGUUCCAGUUCGACGUACAGCAAUGAGGAUGAAUUAACGAUCUGCAGACUUUGAUGAGUCUGCUUUGACGUGAGAGACAACAACUGGGCUAGAUAUGACAUGGAGUCUGCUUCUGCAAGGAGAAAGAUGGGCUAUGUACGGCAAGAAAAUGCUAGUCUGACCAUGCAGGAUAUUCAACUCAUUAGUGACCUUGAUGCUACGCCCUAUGAGCUCCGAUCCUCCAACUCUCAGGCCUGCCUGCGAUGCUCCAGGGUGGGGCCUGCUAACAAGGAGGCAGUCAUGAACGAGCAGAUUUGUCAUCUUCAAGCAGAAGUGGAGACCAAAGCCAAAGAAGUCAAGGCAGCAGAGCUGAGGGCAGAGCGUUGCCAGGAGGAAGCAGCUCACAGUGACAUCAUGGUAGUCACUCUAACUGAGAAACUGAGCGGUGUCAGAGAAGAACUGGCCAACAAGACUGCACUGAGCAAAAGGGCAGAACAACAAAGAAACCAAGCCCUUGAAAAUGCAGAGAAACUCAAAGAAGCUUUCAACGAGUACAAGGCCACCGUUGCCAUCAAAUUUCAAAAGGUGAUGGAGAAUGAAAACAUGUUAAAAAAGAGUCUCAUUGAGUGUGAUGGUGAAAAAGAAGAGCUUGAACUGAAGUGCACUGUGCUGGAGAGAGAGAAAGCAGAGCAGGUUGAAACAAUCGGCCAGCUAAAGGAGGAGGUGAGACAGACAAAGACAUUGGCUGCCAAGCAUUCGGAGGUCCAGGCCCAGCUGGAGGAUGCCGGACGACGGAGCGCAGACCUAUGGAGGCAGCUGAUAGAACGCAGCGCUGAGUGCAAGGAGCUGGUUUCUCUGCGCAAGGAACUGGAAGACUUGCGGACCCUGAUCAAGAACCAGGAGCAGUGUUUGGCCCACAGCCACAGAGCAGCUCAGCAAAGCCAAGCUGAGACCGUCAGCCUGGAGGCCAUCAUAUCCCUUCUGCAUCUACGAGAGGAUGCUGUGGGCCCACUGUGUGUCAGGCCAUGCAUGCUGCCCCCGGUGGACUAUCAAAGAAGUGCAGCUAUGCUGAAGCUUAAACCAGGUGAAGGUUACCGGCAGCUACUACAGGUCCUACAGGUGAAAGAGGCUGAGCGCACUAAACAAAGCAGCCUGGUUGAGCGACUGAAAGAGCGUGUGAGCCGCGCUCAGGAAGAGAUUUCCUCCCUGCAGGCUCAAAGAGCCUCCCACUACCAAAACCUCCAGGCGGAGAUGAUGGACAAAGCCAACCAAGCCUCGGCCACAGAAAAAGAACUGAAGAGAAAGAGCGCUCGAGUUGCCGCGCUGGAGAAUCAGUUACAGGAAAAAACAUCAGCUUACAGUCAGGCUACACUGAAGAAUACUGAGCUGGAGAAGCAGCUACAGGAGAAGACGAACACUCUUCAGCAUUACCAGUCACUGAUGAGCAAAAAGCAACGAGAGUACCAGCAAUCUUUGGAGAAGGCUAAACAAUCACAAACCCAGCAAUGCACGGAGCAGCAGCACAGAAUAGACAUGCUGCAGUUGUCUGUGGACCAAGCUCAUUCUCGGGUAUUGGAGAUGGAGCAGGAACUGCGUUCUCUUCAAAGAGAGCGAGAUGAGGCACAAGCCGCUGCUUUUCAGCUUCAGACCUCUAUAGAAAAGGUCACACAAGACAAGCAGAAUGAAGUGAGGCACAGUGAAGAGUUGCUCCAGAGUUUGAAAGAACAGACAGCCGAGUCUGCUACCAAGGUGUGUGAGCUCCAGUCGUCUCUAUCAGCCUGCAGAGAGGAGCUGAAGUCGCAUCUGCAGCAGAUGGAGGACAUAAAGAAGAACUAUGAAGCUGAUCUGCAGAGAUCCAAAGACAAAGUGUGUUCACUGCAGGAAAAGCUCCAUGGGGUCACACGGGUGGCUGAGAGCUCCAGUGAUCAAAACCUGCAGCUUCAGCUUUCUCUGCAGCAGCUACAGACGAUGCUGACCGAGAGCACGGCCCGUAUCUCUGAACUGGAGGAGAGCCAGAGUCAGCUGCAGCUACAGGUGUCCACUUUGGAGCAGCAGCUGGCGCGAGCUCGAGUGUCUCUGCAAGACGAGGUGAGGAACAGACAUGAAGCUACUGAGGAGAAAGAUAAGCACUUGUAUGACAUGAAGCAGAAGAACACCCAACUGUCUGAGACUCUCAGCCAAGUCAAAUCGGACAUGAGAAGCUGCCAAGUGGAGCUCACGUCUAAAGAGUCCGAGCUGCACCGUCUGCUGAAGGAAGUCGCCAUCAAGACUUCUCAGAUCAGCAACAUGGACAAGAACCUGCAGCACACAAGAUGCCAGCUUGAAAACAAGAACGACUUGGUGGCUGACCUGGAGGAGAAGCUCCAUCGCUGUGAGGCCGACAAGCAGAACUGUGUCAAGAGGGUCCAGCUCCUGGAGGGCCAGCUGCAGACGGUGCACGGAGAGUUGGCUGAGACGCUAGCGCAGCUGCAGUUGCUCAAAGAUGUUCUGCAGAGAACCCAAACUAUGGCUGAGGAGCGGCAAAUGGAAGUGGAAAAACUGAGCAUACGUCUUAGUGAGACCCAGAGGGAGUUGGAGGAGAGAACUCAUGAGGCGUUACACUUGGACACUGCACUGAAGGAAAGACAGGGGGAGCUCCAGCAAAGAGCAAAUCUGCUGGCCCAGCUGGAUGUGGCCAUCCAAGAGCACAAGCAGGAGAUGGAGAGGAAGGCGGAGUCUCUGCGACAGAGCGUGGAGGCCAAAGAGAAAGAACUGAGGGAAGCGCGAAGGGAGCUUGUGGACAGAAAGAAACUUCAGACUUUACUACAAGAAUCUCAGUCUCAGCGUGAAGCCCUCAACACAGAACUGGAUGCCUUCAAGCUGCAGGAAAAAGAGACGGAGGUGAGGCUGCGCCGUGCAGAGGAGGAGCUGGCUCUGAAGGAGGCGCGCUGGCAGCAGUCGGAGGCCAAGUUCCAGAACACGAUCACUUCUCUAGAGCAGGAGCUGGAGCUGGAGCAGGACCAGCACAACAAAGAGCUGGAGUCCCUGCAGCAGAACCGAGGUCAGCUCCUCAAGGUGUCCACCACCAUGCGCUCCUCCCAGGAGCAGCUCACCUCUAAACUCCAGCAGUGUCAAGCCCAGCUGGAUCAGACCCAAACCCAGCUGGAACAAACUAAGGCCGAGUUGGACCGCACCACGAGCAAAGCCAGUCAUCUCCAGAGGCAGUUAGAGCAGAGCCAGCAGCGUUUCCUUCAGACUGAGACCCAGCUGGAGGAGAGCAGGGUUUUGUACGAGCAGGUUAAAGCUCAGAACGCUCAGCUUCAAGUCCAGCUGGAGCAGCUCAGUGCUCAAUUAAAGCAAGCCAGAGUCCAGUCGGCUCAGCUUGAGUCCUCCAUAGAGACCUCCAAUGAGAACCUGCUCAUCAAGGAGUCUGAGGUGACCCGUCUCCAAGCUAGAAUCUCCAGUCUGGAGCGAGCAGCGGACCGUCAGAAUCCAGCUGUGUGCGACCCCGCUGGCUCCCUGCCUUCUCUCUGUAAAUUCACACACUCCUCUCCUGCUCAGGACUCCUCAGCGCCUCACUCCCCUCCGGCAACUGUCCACUCACCAUCACACGCUCACAGGACUCCCUCCAACACGCAAAACACAACAUCACCCCCAGAUGACGGAGGCCUUCAGUUGCUGCUGCAGAGCUGUAGCAACGAUCUAUCCUUGGAACUCCCGCCUAGCCUGAAGGCCACACUGCGGGAGGCGCUGAGUCAGCAGCCGUGGAGGGAGUCCUGCGCAGACACAACAGACCACAGCUGGCAGGGCCUCGGCAGCACCGAGCCUGCGUCAAGCUGCGAGCUCUCCUUCGACCCUCUCACCUACCUGGUGGAAGACACAAGCACAGAGCACACCAUGAUACAAGAGGGAGACAACGAUGUCACUCCAGACGAGCACAUGAGCUCUUUGACGGGAAUGCUGAUGUUUGUCAAGCAGACGCUAGCGAAUCAAGAAGAUCCGUCCUUGUGGAGUUCUGACACGUCAUCGCAGAGUGGACGCAGCCUCCAGAGCGACGCCAGGGAAGCAUGAAGCGCCGGGGAGACGUUCUCUUUCAGUCCCUUUAAUAUCAGUUGCAGAGAAGUGUUUGAUUGUCCAGCUUAACAAGCACUAUAUUACAGCCUGUGGUCUGGAGCAAUAUUUUUAAAUGGAAUGGAAUGUAAAAAUGUCUUUCAAAGCUAUAUUUAUACUUAUUUUUGACAUUUUUAAUACUUAAAUAAAUGCAUAAGGACAUGUUAUUUGCUUACUAGUCUUAUUCUCCAGAGAAAUUCCAUGUCGGCAAUAAUCCUCACUGAAGUUCUCAAGCUGCAGGGGUGACUAAGGGGGUCCUGUUACCGUAGCGACUGUCGUUUCCCCAUCCAAGAAAGGAAUUUUUGGCUCAGGAUCCUCAUAGGUCACAGUGAAAGCUGAUACUGACUCAAGCUGGUUUGAAUUUGGCAUCCAGCUGUGGCUUUCGUAACAAGAACACAACUUUUGCAACAUGUAGACACAUCUUUUGUCUACAUAUUUGACCCUGCCCUCCCAUAAAGAAGCAUUCUCUUCCCCCCCACCUAUUAAGCUGCCGUGCGUUUAUUACUGCAUGUGUUUGAACGGGCGGCUCUGUUUGCACUGGUCAGUAGGUGGUGAGCAUUGUUUGUAGAUGGGUGAUAAAGACGUAGCGUUGCCGUUGGAAACAAGCAGACCUGCCCUGCUUCACUCUUCUGGGCUCAAACCUGCAACAUAGCAGCUUGCUUGAGUAGUGCUGGUUCCACACAUUUCUGUCUGUCUGGAGUAAAAAAAAAAAAAAAAAAACUGAACUAAUGCUAUGCAAAGAGCCUUUUAGAGGAUGUGGUUGACUGUGUGGCUUGUUGCGUGCAGUCUUGUUCCUCAGUAGAACUUCC